UUUCUUCAGUUUUCUUUUUUAUUGACCGGAUAUCUGACGCGGUUUUUCAACAAAAAGCGGAGAAGCUGAAGCCGAACCUUUAAAAAUGAUUUCUUCAAGUUUCAGAGACUGCCAGGCAUGGAGGGCGGAGGGGCUUACACUGUCCACCAGCAGUAAUGAGGCUUGUAAAAUAUAUGACGCCAUACUCACGCAGUAUGUGAAAUGGAGGAAUGAUGACAGCUUGGGAGGAAUUGAAGGAUGCAUUUCUGCUGUCCAGGCAGCUGACCCAAAUUUUGUUAUGGGCCAUGUGAUCAGUACGGGCCUGGAGCUGGUGGCAACAACGAGCUCCACCAGGCUGAAUGAGCGUCUGUCAAGUGCUGUGAGGAGAACAGUGGAACUUGCCAACAGCCAGGACAUCACUCCCAGAGAGAGGCUCCAUGUCAAAGCCAUGGAGCUCUUCUCACAUGGAAAAUUUCCCAAAGCUUGUGAGGUAUGGGAAGAUAUUCUGUUAGACCACCCAACUGAUAUGCUGGCUCUCAAGUUUUCACAUGAUGCUUACUUCUACAUGGGAGCCCAAAUGCCAAUGAGGGACUCUGUGGCCAGGGUGCUUCCCCACUGGAAACCACACAUCCCUUUGUCCAGCUACCUGAAAGGACUUUAUUCCUUUGGUCUCCUGGAAGCUCGUUUCUAUGACCAGGCUGAGAAAGUGGCCAUGGAAGGCCUUGCUCUGACUCCAGAUGAUGCUUGGUCAGUCCACUCUGUAGCCCAUGUUUAUGAGAUGAAGGCAGAGUUGGACAAAGGCUUGAAGUUCAUGGAAGGCAGAGAGAAAGACUGGGAGGUAUCUGACAUGCUGGCCAGUCAUAACUACUGGCACUGGGCUCUAUAUUUCAUCGAGAAGGGGCAAUAUGAAGCUGCUCUGCAAAUAUAUGAUGCUCAGGUAUUCAGACGUUGUAAGGCCUCGGGAUCCAUGCUGGACAUUGUAGAUGCCAGUUCGUUGCUUUACAGAUUGGAAAUGGAGGGAGUGUGUGUGAAGGACCAAUGGCAGGAGCUGCUCCAGGUAACUCAGCCUCACACUGAUGAUCAUGUGACCUUGUUUAAUGAUCUCCACUUCCUCAUGGUGUCGCUGGGAGCUAAAGAGAGUGGGACUAGCCGGCGUCUGCUGGAGGGCCUUCAGGAAUUGGCUAAGGAGCCAGGAGACAAUCAGCAACAUCAAAUGGCUGGGACUAUAGGAAUACCAAUGUGCCAGGCUAUGAUGGAGUACAACCAGGGCAACUACAAUCAAACUGUGGAACUAUUACACCCUUUACGCUACCGCAUGGUAGACAUAGGUGGCAGUGAUGCACAGAGGGAUCUGUUUAAUCAGCUGCUUAUUCAUGCUGCUAUGAAAUCGGAAAAUAAGCACCACCAGAAACUGGGAAGAUGUCUUCUGGUAGAGCGUGAUGCCGUGAGGCCAAACUCCCCUCUGACCCAUCGCCUGAUGCAGAAAGCUCUGGCACUUCACAACUAGAAUGAUGGCAAGGUGCACAAACCAGUUCCCAUAAAAAUAAAAGCAAAACAAAACAAAAAAUCUCAUGUGCUGGUAUUUGGAUGUAGAAGAGUAACUGUUGUUGAGAUAGUGGAAACCUCUUGUGUAGAACUCAUUGUAGAACAAGUGCCCUUUUACGAUGGAGCCUCAAAGUAUUCAACAUUUAAGACACAAGUGUAAGAUCAAUCAUGUCACAAAAAAAUGUGUAAAAUGUAAUUAUGUAAAAUGAUA